AUGCUUCAAUUUAAAAGUCCAGGCAACUGGCUGUUCAUAGUACCUUGGAUUGCCUUCAUCCCAUGGUAUGGUAUGCUGAUAGCUAUGCUCAUUUGCUGGGCUAGUCAAGGCCAUCCCAUAUAUUGGUUCAUGCAUACGGAGCAAUUCCCUGUUUACAUUUCAGAUAUAGGUGCCACUAACUUAAGACCACUAUUCAUAUCGUGCGCCGGCUGGCAGGGUCUAGGAUAUGUAAUCACUGUUGCGCUUGAAUUUUUUCAAAGAUCCGGCUACCUUCCUUUCCAGUUGAAGAAGAAAGACCCCUCUAUCUCUGAUUCGACCUCCUAUGCUGAAAAAUUGCGCAGCGGUAAAUACUUAAUGCCUCCAUACUACACAAAGGAUGAACGGAAUCUAAUUUUUGCCGCUUUUGUUCUCGGCGGCAUUGGUGAACUAGGCCUUUUAUUCUGUUCCAUCUUCUCAACCGCUCGAUACCAUCACGUCCACAUUGCUAUGGUCUCUGUUUUCGUCGUGUUCAUGUUCCUGUCCACUUGCUGCUUGAUCGCGGAGUAUUUUCUCAUGGGAAGACACUAUGCCUCAAUUCACCCCCUAGCCAGCCCUCACUUCAAUCCUCAAUCCUCUGAAAAAAGCUUCAAUCAAGGUUAUAAUACCGUGGAUGAGCUACCUUGGUAUAAAUGGGAAGGCCACAUAUGGAACAAAUUUACCAUCAGUGCGACUCUAAAAGUUAUAUGGUUAACCCUAGCCGUUGUUUGGGCCAUUUGUUUCGGUGCUAUCAAUGAUGGUUCCAAGAGUGCUUGUUUCGAAUGGUUGCUGGCAUUUUGGUUUGGUAUCCUAUUUAUGAUCCUUUCUGCCGAUUUUUAUUUAGGUGGAAGGUACAGAGAAUCUCGCUAUUUCAACCACGUGGAAUCAUUUUCCGGUUAUUACAAGUAUGACAAGGCGCUAGGCCUCUACCAUAGUGAAGAAGUUUUGCCCUCGGACGAUAACGCCGGCGUAAUUACCACAGAAACAGCAUCUUCAAAUAAUCACAAUAACGCCUCUUCCAAUGAAACCUUUCAAGUAGUAGUAUGA